GUUACACGACCAUCUAUCUACUGACCGGUGCGAAGAGAAGAUGGUGACCAAGCUCGCAGCGAUCAUCGUCUUGGCCGCUUUCCUGGCCGGGCCGGCGGCGUGCGAGGGCGCAAGCAUUUGCUUCAACGGUUGGAUGAGGUUACCCACCUUCAACCCGCGGCUCUGUCCUCGCGGCCCCAGGGUGAACCGCCGGCAGCGGGGGGCUUCUCCCACGGGGUCAGGACUCAGCUACGGCUACUACGACAACAGGAGGUCGACGUCUUACUGCCCCAGGGCGGAAGGGAUCGUGAGGGGUGCCGUGAGGGACGCCGUGGCCGCCAACCCUGGCAUUGGUGCGGGCCUCAUCCGUCUCUUUUUCCACGACUGCUUCGUUCGGGGGUGCGAUGCUUCCGUCCUCCUCACCACGACCAACUCCAAGAACAGCGACACGGAGCGGGAAGGCCCUCCCAACAAGAACAGCCUACGAGGGUUCGAGGUGAUCGACGCGGCCAAGGCGGCGAUCGAGGCCGCCUGCCCCAGCAGAGUCUCAUGCGCCGACAUCGUCGCCUUCGCCGCCCGCGACGCGUCCUACUUCCUCAGCAACCACAGGAUCAACGUCCCGAUGCCGGGCGGCCGCUACGACGGGCGCGAGUCCUUCGCCAACGAGACCGACCAGCUGCCCGGGCCCUUCUCCAACGUCACGGAGCUCCAGGCGAGUUUCGCGGCCAAGGGGCUCACCUCUGACGAGAUGGUCACACUCUCAGGCGCGCACACCAUCGGCCGCGCCCGCUGCUUGUUUUUCUCCAGCCGCUUCUCUGAGAUGGACCCGGCAUUUGCCGCCAAGCUCAGGGCCCAGUGCAACGGCAACGACAACACCAACGUGAACCAAGACCAAGUGACCCCCGAUGUCCUGGACAAGCAGUACUACCGGAACGUGAUCGACAGGAAAGUGCUCUUCACCUCGGACGCCGUGCUCAACUCGACGGAAACGAUGACGCAGGUGACUGAAAACGCGAACAGGGCAGGGGCGUGGGAGAGGAAGUUCGAGAGAGCCAUGGAGAAUAUGGGAAAAAUCGGGAUCAAGACCAGAGGCGACCAAGGCGCAGAGAUCAGGAAGGUAUGCUCGAGAGUUAACAACUAGCGUUGGCUAGUAGUAAUGCGUGGUGGUUGGCUGGCUCCAUGGCGGGAUCGCUCGAUGUAACUUCGUCUAGCGAGUGUCAUUGUUGGUUUUCUCAUACUAAAACUUGGCGUGUGUGGGUGGGUGGGUGUAUUAAUAAAGAUAUCAUUGUCUGUUUGGUCUUAACAAA